CCCGGUCUUCGCCAUCUCCGUGUCGAUCUUUCUCGCUCAAAACCCAAAUCUAUAAAAGAGAUCUUUCUCCCCUCUUUCUUCCUUCGCGUUCUUCGGGUAGCAGUCGACAAAUUGGGUUGAUUCUUCGUCUUGGAGUUGGCGACUCCAAUGUCAUCGGAGAUCGAAGUGGUGGAGGAGGGGGCAGAGGUCACGGGAGGGGCAGCGGCGUCGGGAAUGGCCGAGGAGCCCUUGAAGAACGAUGUGUACACGGCGGCCGCGUACGGUGAUCUGGAGAAGCUCCAGAGGCUGGUGGAGGUGGAGGGAUGCUCCGUCUCGGAGCCGGAUGGGGCCGGGUAUUACGCCCUCCAGUGGGCAGCCCUCAAUAACCGCACCGCCGUCAUCCAGUACAUCAUCGAGCAUGGAGGAGAUGUAAAUGCUACUGACAACACGGGGCAAACAGCCCUCCAUUGGAGUUCAGUGCGGGGGCACAUCCAAGCUGCCGAGAUACUGCUCAAGGAAGGUGCUCGUGUUGAUGCGUCAGACUUGUAUGGAUAUCAGACCACUCAUGUUGCAGCACAGUAUGGUCAGACAUCAUUUAUCUAUCAAAUCAUUAUAAAAUGGAAUGCUGAUCCUGAUAUCCCUGACAAUGAUGGACGGAGUGCUUUACACUGGGCUGCUUAUAAGGGAUUUGCUGAUUCCAUUCGCCUUCUUUUAUUUCUAGAUGCCUACAGGGGGCGGCAGGAUAAAGAGGAUUGCACUCCCCUUCAUUGGGCUGCUAUCAGAGGAAAUCUAGAGGCAUGCACAGUUCUAGUUCAAGCAGGGAAGAAAGAGGACUUGAUGAUUACAGAUAGGGCUGGUUUAACUCCUGCUCAACUUGCUUCAGAUAAGGGACAUCAUCAAGUUGCUUUUUUCCUUGGCAAUGCUAGAAGGGUGUUUGACAGGCGAUGUGAUGGGAAUAGCAAUUUCGGCAGGUUAUCAAAGUUAGGACUUGCACCUGUUCUUUGGUGUGUCAUAGUUGCUAUGCUGUUUACGUACAUACACUCAGUCAUUGCAGGUUCUUAUGUCUUGAGAUUAACCAUUGUCUUUGGGCUUUUUGCCUGGUUAGGAGUCUUCCUGGCAGUUACAGGAUUAGUUAUGUUUUAUAGGUGUAGCAGGAAAGAUCCUGGUUUCAUCAAUAGGAGCACAAGGGAUUUACAAAGCAUCAGAGAUGAUGAACCUUUGCUAAAAUCGGAGUUAAAUCAUCCUGCACUGAUGGCCGGGAAUUGGUCUCAGCUGUGUGCAACAUGCAAGAUUGUCAGGCCACUACGUGCAAAGCAUUGCUCCACUUGUGACCGAUGCGUAGAACAGUUUGAUCAUCACUGUCCUUGGGUAUCUAACUGUAUUGGCAAGGUCCUCUACCCUUGUUCCUUUUUUCUUUCCUCAUGUCGUGAAUAUUUUUUCAUGCACAAUAAUUGCUUUGCUGCUUCAUUAAUCAUUAAUUCACAGAGAAAUAAAUGGCACUUCUUGAUGUUUCUCGUUCUUGAAGUCUCUGCUAUGAUUGUCACUGGUUUAGUCGCCAUUACGAGAAUCGUGAGAGAUCCUUCUCCGCCAUCUUUCGGUGGAUGGUUGAGUCAUAAUGUUGCUGAGCAUCCUGGAGUCGUUUCAUUUCUAGUUAUGGAUUUUUUCCUCUUCUUUGGUGUUGCUGCAUUGACAUUUAUCCAAGCAUCACAGAUUGCACGAAACAUAACAACAAAUGAAAUGUCAAAUGCCAUGCGAUACAGCUACCUCAGAGGUCCGGGCGGACGAUUUCAGAACCCCUACGACCAUGGUACUCGCAAGAACUGCUCGGAUUUCUUGUUCAAGGGGUACAACGAGGAUGUGGAGCUUCCAGAUCAAACACCUGCCUCUCAAGAGCUGGGGAUGAUUCAAAUGACCCGAAGCCCAAAUGCGCAAAACGGGGAGAACCAUUCGCAUCAAGUGAACAACGGCCAUGUCUGUGCUGAUGUUCAGGCCAAAGAUACCAAACAUGUUAAUCAUUCAAAAUGUUGCAACGGCAACAACAACAGUAAGAGCAAUGGUGUGCCACUCGGACUAGGCUUAGGCUUUGGCCUUGGUCGAAGCAACCGGCACAACACGAGGAUUCUUCCAUUGUGAUACUUCAUUUUACACCUUCGGCUUGUUCGCCAUGUAUCAUAAUUACCGAAAAUAUUCUCCAAUAUUUGUGAUUGACAUCUAGAUCUUGUGUUAAGUUAUUGUAUCAUCUUGAAGCAGUUUUUGCCCGAUGAAUUAUUCUACACUCAUUAGUAUUGUAUAUUUUCUGACAUGAAUAUUUAUAUAAUUGUAAGGAGGGGAAAAAAAUUACUAAUUGAUUACAAUUCAAAACAUUUCUGUCUCA